AUGGCUGCACCUCCGCCUCCGCCACCACCUCCUCCACCAGGAGGUAUGGGUAAUAUGGCAGCGAACUUACCACCUGGACCACCACCAGUAAUUUCACAAGAUAGAAAUGCAUUACUUGGAGACAUUAGAAAAGGAGCAAAAUUAAAAAAAGCGGUAACAGUUGAUAAAUCAAAACCAAUGAUCGAGGGUAAAACCUCUGUAUCAACUAGCGGACCUACAACCUCAAAUCACUCAGCACCAUCAGUACCUAGUAUACCACCAUCUGGAGCUCCUCAAUUGGGAGAUAUUUUUGCAGGUGGGGUACCCAAAUUAAAACAUGUUGAUAAUAGAAACGGUAAAAUUCCAUCAUCUGCUCCAAAAAUCCCAACAUCAACUCCAACAAUUCCUUCAUCAUCAAGACCUACAGUUCCAUCCUCUUCACGACCAACAAAACCAGCAAUUCCUUCAUCAGUUCCUCCACCACCAAUUCCACAAACUUCAACUCCGAAAUUACCACCAACUCGUCCUAAAAAAUCAAGUCAUUUACAAAAUAAUUCAAUAAGUUCAAUGGAAUCAAUUAAUAAACCACCACCUUUACCAAGUGAUCCACCUCCAUUACCAACUUCUGCACCACCACCUCCAAUGGGAUUACCACCAACCUCAAAGUCAAAUAAUGCUCCACCAGCUCCACCAGCCCCACCAACAGCUCCAAUCCCAAAUUCAUCAUCAACUCCAGCCGCACCACCACUUCCAACUGGAGGAUUGCCAUUUUUGGCUGAAAUCAAUGCCAAAAGAGAUGAUAAAAAUGUAUUUGAUCAAACAAAAUCAUCCACAACCUCAUCAAAACCUCCAAUUCCAUCAUCAGCUCCUCCAAUUCCAUCAUCAGCUCCUCCAUUACCCCAAUCAAUUCCAAAACCACCACCUCAACCAUCACAUACUCCUUCGUUACCUCAAAAUUCAGCACCAAAAGCACCACCUUUACCUCAAACAUCAAUUCCAAAACCACCACAGGCACCAAAGCUAUCUACAACUUCUGCUCCACCACCACCACCUCCUCCUCCUUCAAUGUUACCACCUCAACAAAAGUCAUCACCAACCAAGAACUCAUCAGCUCCUCCCCCAGUAGCACCAGGAGGAGCAUUACCGUUUUUAGCACAAAUUAAUGCAAAAAGAGAUGAAAGUUUUGUUGUAGAUGGAUCACUGAAAUCUUAUUCAACCAAAAAUGAAAAUAAUGAUAAUCAAUCUACUUCAACAAGUAGUUCAAAACCAAGUCAACCCCGAACACCACCAGCAACAUCAGCUCCAAGUAAAUUCAAUCCUUUUGGUGGCGCAAUGGAUAAGAAACCAUCUGCAGCUUCAACUCCAAGUAUUCCAGCACCUCCAAUUCCAAAUAUGCUACCACCGAAAAGAAACGUAGCACCAUCUAAUCCACCAUCAACACCACAAAUUCCUCAAAUUCCCAUUCCUCAAUCAAAACCAAGUCCACCAAAAGCUCCAGCACCACCUUCAUUACCUCCAAGUAUACCUCAACAAAGCACAGAGCCUGCAAAACCGCCAAUGGUAAGCGUUGCCAGUACUCCAAAAUUGCCAGAAGCAAUUCCUCCACCAUUACCAUUAAAUUCCACUCCAUUUAUAUCAAAACUGAAAAAAGCAGCACCUCCACCACCCCCACAAAAUUCAACUCCAUCAAGAACACCAACCACAAAUUCAUCAACCUACAAUGAUUUAGAUGCAAGACAAAAUGCAGGAUCUUCAUUACGUAAAAUCUCAGCACUGACUUACACAAUCAAUGGAUCUGCAAAAUCAUCAUCAACGAAAAUUGUAAUUGACGAUAAAAGAUUUAAGUUUGUUAAUGCUAAUGCAUUACCUAAUCCAAGAAGAUUUGAAGGUUCACAAAAAUUAUAUCCAAGUGGAAGAGGCUCAUCUAUUCCAUUAGAUUUAAGUUUGUACUCUUAA